AUAGCUAGGCUAUUGCACACCUGUUUCUUUUAAGACUUUUUAUGAUUAAACACAACUGAAAAUAAUAACAGUUCGUCUAAUGUUAUUCUGAAACUUUAGCGGUAUUCAAGAACAAUAGGCGUUAUGCAACGGUGCAAACUGAACUGAAAGUAGAAGGCGAAAAUGAAAGUCAAGAGAACAUGUCUAACUGUCAGUUAAAUGUCAAUCGAGCGCAAAUGUUUCUCUGUUGGUGUUUUUUUAUGGGUGUGUAGAGGUGUUGUUGUUGUUGUUUUUUUUUUUCUUAAGCCUGUGCGUGUUUGUAGCUAUGUUUUGAUAUAAACGCAGGAGAACCAAUGAAAUCAAGCGUCGUGUUCUUCCGGGAAUCGCUGCAGAAGUCACAGCAGUUCGAAGUAAACAAAACGGAAAUGCUUCAAUUCUACAUUAUUAUUUGUCGACGAGAUCUCUAAUGUUUUGACUGGACUUGUUUUGAAGAAUCUGAUUAAAAACAUUACACUCCACUUUAAGUUUGCUAAGCAGUCCUAUGAGGUGGGGGAGGAUAACUCUCUCCUGAUACCUGGUGCUGCUGGAGAAAACUGUGGUCUUUACAGAUGUACCCUGUGGCCUCCACUAGGUCAAUAUAUUCAGGAAGGAGACUAUGAAUAUUAUUCAGCAGAUUGCAUGAAGCCUCAACAGCAAGCUGUAAGCAGCAGGAAAGACCCUCUACCUGACAAGAAUAAUUUAAAAAUCUUCACUCUACCAUGUAUUCUGAUGGCUUGUGCUGUUGUUGUUAUGUUUCUAAACUACAGAAUGAUAAAGCAAGCUAAAGAAAAAGCUAAUAUUCAAGAAAAACUUGUACAAACUGAUGAAAACCUCUAGAAACAUAAAAAGUUUGUGUUCAUGUUAGGAGAAUGACUUUGAAUGGAAAAUUACUGUAGCUUAAAAUGUGCUCAUUGUUCACUUUUGUACAUUAAAAAAAUGUAAAUGUUAUGUCUGUAUUACAGAAUUUUUUAUUUUUUUAACUUUGAAUGUUAUGAAAUUAAAAAUAGUUUACAAAUAAACAAAGUACUUAAAAUUAUACUUAAAGUGUUUUGGCUGUGUUGCAAAAUGGCAAGAGGUUAGGGGUGACUGCAGUAAUCCUCUAGUCACUUACUAAACCCACACAAAGGGUUUUCUCAACAAACAAAAAAAAACAACAAAAAAAAAAUCUAAUGAACAGUGAGAUGGAGCCCAAUUCAGAGGAAGUGUGAGCAUAACACAUUUCACUAGUUUCGAUGAUGAUACCUUUGAUAGUUUGGGCGUUUACCCUUUGUGUAGUAGUUAAUGAAGCUGAGCCUUUGUUAAUCACAGCAGACUGCAGAGAUAACAUCAUUUUGCCCUGUGCUGCCCUUCAAAACAGUCAGAACUACACCUCGGUUACUUGGUACAAGGCCUACAAUGAAACCAGUUUUUCAAUCAUCAUUAAGGUAGAAAGUGUUGACACCCAAACUGAUAAGUACAACAGUUCUGUGUUGCUGGAUAAAAAUGCAUCUUUGAUCUUAAGGAAAGUUUCUCCUGCAAAUACUGGGACGUAUGAGUGUUUGAUCAGAGCGAAGGUCGGAGGGAUAAACAACCGCUCUUUGCUUACACUAAAUAUAUCAGAUUGUAUGUCAACAGUUUCACCGAUCUUUGCUUUCUCUACCAAGUUUAUUAAUGGUUCAUCAGAGAACAUUGGCAAUCCAUUGACACAUGUGAGUAAGGAUGCAGGGCUAAUCACCAUUUGGACCUCUGUAGGAUUGGCUUUGAGUAAAGUUCUUCUCAGUGCUGUGUGUAUAUGGGUAGGUAUCUUCUUCUGUGUAUCUUCUAAGCAGUGUGUUUGUGUUUAUUUGAAUAUUAAAAUAUGUUGAGUCGGAAGGUUUUGAUAUGUUCCUAUCGUCAGGUGUUUAAGGAGCUCAGAGAACUUAGGAGAAAAAGACAGACAUAAUCAUCACCUCCAAUUGCAGUAUUUCAUCAUCACACCAUCUAUAUGGACAUUCCUUGCAAACAGAAGAAAUUCUACAAACCCAUGUAGAAAACCAUUAGUUUGUUCAGUAAUUUAUUUGAAUGGUUCAGUGAAUAUAUUGUUAUCUGUAAAUUUGUCUGUGAAUCAUACAUAUUUUUACUUUAACCAGGAAACUGAUCUACGGUAUGCUUUAAAUCUAUCUAUAUCUGGGAAUAAAUGAAUUACAUACACAACUAGCAUGUUCAAUACACUGUAACAUUUUAAACUCUUCAUUCCAGAUUCUUCUACCUACUUUACAUUUUUAAAUAAAUGAUUUCAACAGCAUAUAUUUACAUUAUUUGAGAGAAUUUUAUAAAUAAA